CAAUCAUGAAUAAUGAGCAUUUAGAUUUAUUCUGUGUAAUUCCAAAGACCUGAACUAGUACACACAGGAAGCCGCUUUCAAUUCACUAAGUUAAAGUAAUAAUCCAGAGUGUAGUUAAGGGAGAAAAAGAUAACUUGAUACAAACACAAAAGUGAUAGAAACAGCGCAUACUUUCGUGGAGGAGAUCUCCUUUGACGAAACGCAAAGUCGCAGCCGAUAUCUGCUAAUAAUGUAUUACAGAAAAUAUAAGGCGAUGUUUGCAUCAAUUACCAAUGUAACUCGACUCAGAAAUAGGGCUCUCUCGGGCCUGAAAACAGUCAUGUCCAGCCCUCGAGCUGUGUCAACGCCUUCCGCAUCGGCAGGGUUGGCCAGAAGCACUCCAGCCCCAGUGAAGAACCUGAGCGCUGCAGCUGCCAGGUAACCGCAGAUUUCUACAACCGGAUUCCGCCGAAGCAAUUCUCAGCAGCCUCUGGAAGUACGAAACUACAAUUCCCAUCAGACAACGCGAGUUGAGGUGGGCGGGCACUCGCCGCGCGUGGGCGGCCCUGACCAAUAACGACUGUCGUUACAGCGAACAGUUUGGCCGCGUUUGUAAAAGACUGCAGCAGGCGAAGAGAGAGGAGGUGAGGGCGGUCAUCAGCGUGGGGCCCUGGGGCCACGGGGGAGGCGCAGGGCAGACUGCCACGAUCUCCACUUAGGGCAGGGAGAAUCUUUGACUGGGAAACACUGGGCAGAAGCUUUGCCAUUGGCUGGCCAAGAAGGAUGCGGAAUGUCUGCAUUAUUACACCAUGGAGUUCAAAUUUCAGAAGACUUUGGGUUAAGCUGUAACCUUUACUCUGUAAAUGAUUAUGUCUUCGCCUGUCCUCUGUGAUCAUCACAAACUAAUGAAACACCUUUUAGGUCUUAUGAAUUUAGGUUACACUGUUCUCCGGAUGCUCUGGUAGCUGAUACAGGGGCCUGUGAAAAAUGGAACCAAACUCUCUAAGGACUAAAGUCCCAGCUUUCUUAUCUGAUUUGGGGAAGGCCACAUUGAGGGGAAUCAGAAAGUGUCCCCGAUGUGGCACAUACAAUGGAACGCGAGGACUGAGCUGUAAGAACAAGACAUGUGGAACCAUAUUCCGUUAUGGUGCACGGAAGCAGCCUAGUAUUGAAGCUGUGAAAAUCAUAACAGGCUCCGAUCUGCAGGUCUACUCAGUGCGGCAAAGAGACCGAGGCCCUGACUACCGAUGCUUUGUGGAGCUAGGCGUUUCAGAGACGACAAUCCAGACGGUAGAUGGGACGAUCAUUACUCAGCUGAACUCUGGACGGUGUUACGUUCCCUCAUGCCUGAAAGCUGCCACCCAGGGUGUUGUGGAAAACCAGUGCCAGCACAUCAAGCUGGCAGUGAACUGCCAGGCAGAGGCCACCCCUCUGACUCUAAAGAGCUCAGUUCUGAAUGCAAUGCAGGCCUCCCCGGAAACCAAGCAAACCAUCUGGCAGUUAGCCACAGAACCCACAGGUCCCCUUGUACAGAGAAUUACUAAAAACAUUUUGGUGGUGAAAUGCAAGGCAAGCCAGAAGCAUAGUUUGGGGUAUUUGCACACGUCCUUUGUGCAGAAAAUCAGUGCCAAAAGCUUGCCUGAGCGCCGUUUCUUCUGUUCCUGCCAGACUCUGAAAUCGCACAAGUCGAAUGCCUCCAAGGAUGAGGCAGCCCAGAGAUGCAUUCAUUUCUUUGCUUGUAUCUGUGCCUUUGCCAGUGACGAGACAUUGGCUCAGGAAUUCUCAGACUUCCUAAAUUUUGAUUCCAGCGGUCUUAAAGAGAUUAUUGUGCCUCAGUUGGGCUGCCAUUCAGAAUCAACAGUAUCAGCUUGUGAGUCUACUGCCUCUAAGGCAAAGAAGAGGAAAAAGGAUGAAGUAUCUGGUGCACAGAUAAAUAGUUCACUGUUGCCUCAAGAUGCGGUGAGCAGUAAUCUAAGGAAAAGUGGCCUGAAAAAGCCUGUGGUUGCUUCUUCAUUAAAAAGGCAGGCCUGUGGUCAGCUGUUAGAUGAGGCACAAGUGACCUUAUCCUUCCAAGACUGGCUGGCCAGUGUCACAGAACGCAUCCACCAAACCAUGCACUAUCAGUUUGAUGGUAAACCAGAGCCACUGGUGUUCCACAUUCCUCAGUCCUUUUUUGAUGCCCUGCAACAGAGAAUAUCUAUAGGAAGUACAAAAAAACGGCUUCCCAACUCCACCACAGCUUUUGUUCGAAAAGAUGCCUUGCCAUUGGGAACCUUUUCCAAGUAUACCUGGCAUAUUACUAAUAUCCUGCAAGUUAAACAAAUCUUAGAUACCCCUGAGAUGCCCUUGGAAAUUACCCGUAGUUUUAUCCAGAACCGGGAUGGGACUUAUGAGCUGUUUAAAUGCCCUAAAGUGGAAGUAGAGAGCAUAGCAGAAACCUACGGUCGUAUAGAAAAGCAACCAGUGCUGCGACCCUUGGAACUAAAAACUUUUCUCAAAGUUGGCAACACUUCACCAGAUCAAAAGGAGCCAACACCUUUCAUCAUCGAGUGGAUCCCAGAUAUCCUUCCCCAAUCCAAGAUUGGUGAGCUGCGGAUCAAGUUUGAGUAUGGUCACCACCGGAAUGGGCAUGUGGCAGAGUACCAAGACCAGCGGCCCCCCCUGGACCAGUCGUUGGAACUGGCCCCUCUGACCACCAUCACUUUCCCUUGAGGCAAAACAAAAGUCUUUUGUUGCUAAAUUUGCACAUCCCCACCCCUUGACAACUUUAGAUAUUAGUUAGGUACUUAGAUGGCCCUGUUCCUUAGUGAACUAUUUUUAGCUAAAAUGCAAUUUCUCAAUGCAUUCAAGUGGCUUCUGUUGAAGAACUCUUCUUGUAAAUGGCCUUUUUGGUGCUGCUGUGUAGUCUUCAUUAUAAAUGGGGUGGCAUUUCUGGUUAGAGUUUUUAAAGGAACAAAAGGAAAACCAGCUCAUUUUCCUUCUUAAAGGACUCACCUUUAGAGUUUCUUUCAAUCUUUUUCUAAUUCUCUAAGUAGCUAGUAGUACCUCGCCUGACACUAACAAUGUUGGAAAGUUAACAACACCCUGGUUAGGACAGAAUGUUAAGGACCAUCAUGGCAGGGUUCCAGUCAUGCCCUUUUAUUCUGUUAUCAAAUAAAGCACAGUGUCACUAAUUUUUCUAAA